GUUACUCCUGCUUAUCUAGCGGCAGAAGGCAGCGGAGAGAACAGAGAGCGCCACAACCCAAAGGCCAAACCAACAACCAUAUAGCCGCAACCUCUAAUCCCGGGACCGCCGACGCCAUGAUGGGGAAGAAGAAGCAACAGGUGAUUUCCCGCUUCUUCGCCCCGAAGCCGAAAAACCCUUCGACCUCAACUUCUUCGCUCUCACAAUCACAAUCUUCAGCCCCAAAUCCGCCGACCCCUCCCCCGAAAAUCUCUGCCACCGCCACCUUCUCGCCAUCCAAACGCCGCCGGACCUCGCAACUCUCCUCCGCCAACCCUAAACCCUCCAAAAACCCUAAACUCUCUCCCCACACCCAAAAUCCUAUCCCUCCUCUCCCCAACCCCUCUCUCCACCAAAGGUUCCUCCAGAAACUUCUGGAACCGCCCGAGGAACUUCUAGAACAUUCGCCAACACCUCCAAUUUCCAAUCCCAAGUACACUCCCCUUGAACAGCAAGUCGUGGAGCUCAAAGCUAAGUAUCCAGACGUGCUUUUGAUGGUUGAGGUUGGUUACAAGUACCGGUUCUUCGGCAAGGACGCCGAGAAUGCGGCUAGGGUUUUGGGAAUUUAUGCUCAUGUGGAUCAUAAUUUCUUGACGGCCAGCGUGCCGACUUUCAGGCUGAAUGUUCAUGUGAGGAGGCUUGUGAGUGCGGGGUAUAAGGUGGGCGUGGUGAAACAGACCGAAACCGCGGCGAUAAAGGCUCAUGGAUCGAACAGGCUGGGGCCGUUUUGCCGCGGUUUAUCGGCGUUGUACACGAAGGCCACUUUGGAGGCCGCAGAGGACCUUGGAGGUAGGGAAGAGGGGUGUGGAUCGUGUAGCAAUUAUUUGGUUUGUGUAGUUGAGAAGAGUUUGGUUUCUGGAAAUGCAGAGAGUGGGUUUGAUGUGAGAAUCGCAGUUGUUGCAGUUGAGAUAUCGACUGGGGAUGUUGCUUAUGGGGAAUUCAAUGAUAAUUUUAUGAGGGCUGGGCUCGAGGCUGUCAUUUUAAGCUUGUCGCCUGCUGAGUUGCUCCUUGGGGAGCCUCUCUCCAGACAAACAGAGAAGUUGCUAUUGGCAUAUGCUGGACCUGCCUCAAAUGUUUGUGUGGAGCGCGUCUCACGAGAAUGCUUCAAUGAGGGCGGGGCACUGGCUGAAGUGAUGUCUUUGUACAACAAAAUGAAUGAAAAUGUCUUGGCGUACUCAGAUGAAGAACCAGAGGUCACAGAAAUGGGAAAUAACUGCCGUGUGGUUAAGGGAAUUAUGGCCAUGCCAGAUUUUGCUGUCCAGGCAUUGGCAUUGCUAUUCCGUCAUCUAAAACAAUUUGGAUUUGAAAGAAUUGUGUGCUUAGGAUCAUCAUUUCGGCCAUUAUCAGGGAAGACGGAAAUGACUUUGUCAGCCAAUGCAAUUCAACAGCUAGAGGUUUUGAAGAAUAACUCUGAUGGGUCCGAGUCUGGUUCCCUGCUGCAAUGCAUGAAUCAUACUCUUACUAUAUUUGGUUCAAGGCUUCUUAGGCACUGGGUGACUCAUCCUUUAUGUGAUCGAAACAUGAUCUGUGCCCGUCUUGAUGCUGUUUCUGAGGUUGCCGAGUCCAUGGGAUCUUCAAAAGCUCCAUAUUAUUCAAACAGCAUUGAUGUGGACGGUGCCAAUGUAACAUUUGUGCAACCUGAUCUUGGUCAUGUGCUUUCUUCAGUUUUGAUUACUCUAGGAAGGGCACCUGAUAUUCAGCGUGGAAUUACCAGAAUCUUCCACAAAACAGCUACUACAUCUGAGUUUGUGGCAGUCAUUGAUGCUCUCUUAAUUGCUGGAAAGCAUCUUAAGCAACUUCACAUUGAGGAAGGGGAAGGCGAGGAUGCACUGAAAAAAACUGUGCAGUCUGUCUUGUUGAAAAAGUUGAUUUUGACUGUUUGCUCAUCCAGCGUAAUUGGCAAUGCAGCAAAACUUUUGUCCACGCUAAAUAAAGAAGCUGCUAAUCAGGGGGAUCUUCUAAACUUGUUCAACAUUUCCAGUGGAGAAUUUCCAGAGAUUGCCACAGCCCAGAUAGCAGUUCAAAUGGCAAAGGAGAAGCUGGAUUCAAUGAUUGGCUUGUAUCGCAAGCAGCUUGAAAUGCCGAAAUUGGAGUUCAUGAGUAUCUCUGGGACAACUCAUUUGAUAGAGUUGCAGAUGCCAGCAGAUAUGAGGGUACCAUCAAACUGGGUGAAAGUUAAUAGCACUAAGAAAACAAUACGCUAUCACCCUCCAGAGGUAUUGUCUGCAUUGGACCAGUUAUCACUGGCAAAUGAAGAGCUUGCUAUUGUCUGUCGAGCUGCUUGGGAUAAUUUCUUGACGGCAUUUGGUAAAUAUUAUGCUGAGUUCCAAUCUGCUGUUCAAGCACUGGCUACUUUGGACUGUCUACAUUCACUUGCUAAUGUUUCGAGAAAUAAGAAUUAUGUCCGUCCAGUUUUUGUAAAUGCUGGUCAACCCGUUCAGAUACAUAUUUCAGAGGGUCGUCAUCCGGUAAUGGAGACUAUAUUACAAGAUAAUUUUGUCCCAAAUGGGACUAAUUUACAUGCAGAAGGAGAGUACUGCCAGAUAGUGACGGGACCAAACAUGGGAGGAAAGAGUUGCUAUAUUCGUCAAGUUGCUCUCAUUUCUAUAAUGGCCCAGGUUGGUUCCUUUGUUCCAGCAUCAGCAGUGAAACUGCAUGUGCUUGAUAGCAUCCACACACGGAUAGGUUCCUCUGACAAUAUCCAGCAAGGAAGGAGUACCUUUUUGGAAGAAUUGAGUGAAGCUUCCAACAUAAUUCAGUCCUGCACAUCCCAAUCGCUGGUUAUCAUUGAUGAGCUUGGGCGGGGCACGAGCACACAUGAUGGUGUAGCAAUUGCUUAUGCUACGUUGCAUCAUCUUCUUGAGCAUAAAAGAUGCAUGGUUCUAUUUGUCACCCAUUACCCCAAAAUUGUAGACAUCAAGCUUGAAUUCCCAGGCUCUGUGGGGGCAUACCAUGUUUCAUUUCUAACAUCACAGAAGGAAAGAGAUACGAUGCAAUUGAACAAUCAGAAUGUUGAGAAAGUGGAUCACCAAGAUGUCAUUUACCUCUACAAACUUGUGCCUGGUGUGUCAGAGAGAAGUUUUGGAUUUAAGGUUGCUCAGCUUGCCCAACUACCAAUUUCAUGCAUUCAUCGAGCUGCUGCCAUGGCUGCGAAGUUGGAGGCAGUAGUGAACAACCGAGAGAGAGGUAGACGAGUGCUUAAGUUGCUAAACAAAAGAAUGCCUGUGAAUGAAGCUGGAGAAGGGGAAAUCUUAAAGCCUCUGGACUGUUCGUCUGGAGAAGGCAUUGAGUGCUUGGAAGAAGUAAGUCAUGCUUACAAGGAAUUCUUCAAGAACCUAAACACUUCUCUAAGGAAUGAUGACCCUGCAAAUUGCCUCCACGGUUUGAAGCAUGCUAGAGGCAUUGCCAAAGAGUUGAUUAAUAGGUAAGAUAUCAAGCUUUUGUCUUCUUUUUCACUUUAUUGUGUCAAUCAUAGUUAUAGUAGCUAUAAAAAAUCUUUGUUAUUUGGGGCGGAUGGCCAGAAGCUGAAGUGGUACUUUGUCUCUGGUUGUUUUGCUAUCAACAAAGGGGAAAAAGUGCUGUUUAUUUAUGUAUUUUAUUUGACCUGGAUGUCUCCUGGAUGAUAUACUUUGCCCAUAUGAAUUUGACUUUGUUUAGUGAGUGAUAAAGUUACUCAAAAUGAGGGGCUUAUAUGCUUA